AUGAGUUUGAGGAUCUUCUCGCUCGAGGAGGAUUUCUUCGAGCUGCGGGGUUUGUCGCUCGAGGAAGAUUUUCUCGAGCGGCGUGGUGCGGACGGAGGGGGCUCUCGUCCUUUCUUGGCGGAGGGGAUCGUUGCGGCGAAGUCGAUCUUCGCGGCGAGACGGAUCUCUGUGGCGAGAUGGGAUCUUGUGGGAGACAGUCCCUACCUUCAGCGGGGAAAUGUGCUAAUUUCUCCUCUAACAGGACACCUCGAGGAGGUAUUCGAUGCAGAACAUCGCAAAGAGAUGCUUCGACAUAUCUAUUGCCAUCAGAACAAAGAUGGUGGAUGGGGAUUACACAUCGAGGGCAAGAGUAUAAUGUUCUGCACCGCAUUGAAUUACAUAUGCUUGCGUAUCCUCGGAGAAGGUCCAAAUGGAGGACGAGAAAACGCGUGUGAACGGGCAAGAGAAUGGGUUCUUGCCCGUGGUGGUGUCACUUAUAUUCCGUCUUGGGGAAAAAUAUGGCUUUCGAUACUUGGAAUCUAUGAUUGGUCGGGAACCAAUCCGAUGCCUCCCGAGAUGUGGUUGCUACCUUCGUUCCUUCUAGUGCACAUAGGUUUCGAGAUUUUACCAACUUGUUCUACUUGA